AUGCCUACCUCGACCGUUUGGCGCCGCAGCCGCGAUCUGGCAGGCCCCCGGGGUGCGAGCCCUGUACGUCCUUCUGCCGACCUCAUCGAGCGCCUUUCCCCUGAUCCCACUUUCGAAUCCGCUACCCUCGACGCCUCCUCACUACCUCUGCGGUAUUCACCCGAAAGCGGCUACUCAUUACGAGGACUUGGUCUCUCUGAUAUUGGAGCACUCGGGAACAAUGAAUCCACCCUACAACCAGAUCACCUAUACUACGAUCAAGACGGCGCCGCCCACGUUGCGGGCAAGAUAAAAGGUGGCGCGAGUACAAAUUAUGGGCGCUCUAGAGUUGGGUCGCUGGACUGGGCGACUAGAGGAGCCCAUCCUACCUCCGGCUUCCUGCAAGGCAAUCCACGUCUUCAUGGAAAGGGACAUACGCGCUCCGGCUCUACGAUCGAUGACCUUGCGACCGCCGCAAUUGCAACGAGCCCCGUUUUGGCUAGCGCAACCAUCUCUUCUCUUCCCAAGGGAAGCUCAUACAAUGCCACCCGCCCUUCCACCUCCUAUACCCGUCGCUAUAGUCACGAGGGUCCCUCAAAUGGUCCACCGGCGAAACGCAUCAAAUCCGAGCGACUACCCAGCCUCGAGUGGUCACCGCGCGAAGAGAGACCAAAAACCAGCGGUGGCUACAAUGGUACACCCGAUGUGGCCCAUGAAGAUGCCCUUCUAUUACUUGAGCUGAAGAACGAGGUCAAUUUCAAAAAUCAUACCAUUACCCCCAGGCUUGACACGAUGCCUGAGUACCCGCUGUCCACGUCCCCCACCUCUCCCCAGUCCCCUUCGAAGCUACGGAACCUGCAACGGAGCCCGGCCGCACAGUUACAUCAGAGCUUGAAGAGUCGGUCCAGAGAACAGCACAUGUCUGAAGAGGUGUCCAAUGCGAGGGAUCUUUCAAUGGCAGAGGAUUCCGAGUCGAUACACAACGAAGCGUAUAAUGGAAACGCUCCGGAUCCUCGAACAGGAGGGACUGGAGGACCUCACGUCAGUGUUGAUGCUCUACCGCCGGUAUCUGAAGAACCACCUGAGCCUCCAGUUGUCGAGGCGGAGCCACCGCCCAAGAAGCAGCGUCGAAUCAAGCCAGAGCAACAAGCCGAGGUUUGCGCGGCAUGCCAGCGUCUACAACUGGAUACAGUAGAAGAAGAACCUACCUCCACAUUCUGGAUCAGUUGUGACGCUUGCAAACGUUGGUUUCAUGCAGAAUGCGCUGGGUUCAAAACAAAGGCAGAAGCAAGGAGCGUCGACAAGUAUAUUUGCAAAGACUGCGAACCUAUACAUGGGCAAACCACAUACGUGCGAAAGUCGUCCCGUCCCAGGACUGCCAUUGACUAUGCCGGCCUCAACCAGGGUGUGGUAAAGUCAUCUGUGGAGACGUCGACACAUCACUAUAUCCAGCCGCUCAAAGAAGGCAAGAUGAACAUCCUACCAGAUGAUUUCGCUCGAAUCCGGCCAGAAUUGCUUACAAUGGAGUUCAUGGAAAGCUUUGAGGGAUUCAAACGACCCUUUGUGGUACCAGCCGACUGGAAUCCUCGAUUUGGUGUACGGCCUGUACCAGUCGAACGCGACGCGACUCUUCCUGCCAAGGACUCCUCAACCUUCACACUCAUCGACAGCGCCGGGGCAGAAGCAGGUUCUGAUACCGCGCCUCAGCUGGAGCUUGAGGAAGAGGAGGUCAUUGAUUGUGACCAGGACUUACUGGAUAUGGUGAUUCCACGCGACUUGACGGUUCGAAAAGUUGCCGAACUCUAUGGUCUUGAGGAGUCUGUGCCUGUGAUCGAUGUCAAGUCUCAAGAGACCAAGGGCUAUUUCACGCUCCAACAAUGGGCAGACUACUAUGAGCUCGAAGGCGAAAAGCCCGUUCGAAAUGUUAUCAGCCUCGAAGUUUCACACAGUCCACUUGGCAGACUUAUCCGGCGGCCCAAAGUAGUUCGAGACCUCGAUCUGGACGACCAUGUUUGGGAGGCUGAUGCUGAUACCCGGCUGAAAAAGAGGCCAGUAUCGUUCUAUUGCCUGAUGUCUGUUGCCGAUAGCUACACCGACUUCCAUAUUGAUUUCGGAGGCUCUUCUGUGUACUACCACAUCUUGCGAGGGACGAAGACAUUCUUCUUCAUACCGCCGGAAGACAAAUACCUGAAGAAGUAUGAAGAAUGGUGUAACUCAGACUCACAAAAUGAGACUUGGCUGGGAGAUCUCUGUGGUGGCAACUGUACAAGAGUCGACCUUCACGAGGGAGACACGGCUUUCAUUCCUGCGGGUUGGAUUCACUCUGUUUGGACCCCAGAAGACAGCUUGGUGAUUGGCGGCAACUAUUUGACUCGUCUGGACUACGAGAUGCAGCUCAAAGUUGUGGGCAUUGAGAAGGCGACCAAGGUGGCACCCAAGUUCCGCUAUCCGUAUUUCCAGAAAGUCAUGUGGUAUGCUUUGAUUAAAUACCUCGACGAAGAUCCGCUACCGGAAGAGGUGUUGACUGAGUUCCGCGAUGACCCUGACUGUGUGUUCCUGCGAGCAAAUCCGAUUUGGCACGAAGUCGGAGAGUCUGAAAGUCCAGCAGAGCCUGGUGAUCCAGCUUACAAUUCCAGGUAUUACCCGAAGUCCGAGGUGAACGGAUGGCCAGCACUACGAGAUUUUCUGUAUCGGACAGCUCGAAUAGAUGCAGGUCUGCCAGUGCCAGAUAUCACCAAGAAGCAAGUUGAAGCUGUGAAGGCGUCUAUACCCAAGGGACAUGGCGAACCGCUCGAGUUGAUCAAGACCUUCGCAGUAUGGUGUGCAUGGAAGAUCGGUAACACCACCGCGCCAGAUUGGGUUCAUUCGGAUGAUAUUUCAGAGACGGGACAGGCGGAAAAGAUGAAGAAGCCCGAGACAUUUCGUUUGCCUGGAGAAAGAAGUUCGUCUCGAAGAGUUGCGCAAGCGCAGGCUCAGGCUCAGGCUCAGGCGGCACAGGCACAAGUCCAUGCGCAAGCACAGGCUCAAACACGUGCUCAGACGCCAGCUAAGGCGCAAACAUCCCCCGCCAAAGGCGGACCCAAAGGGAACGGAUUGAGAGUUGCCUGUGAACCUUGCCGGAAACGCCGCAUCAAAUGUCGACAUAAGUCGGGUGGUGAAACGCCUCGCCGAACGCCAGAGAUUCGGCCAAGGAGUUUCUCUAGUGCCGAUCACCAUUCCUUAGCGGGUGCUGCGGCGUUCGCCAAUGGCACUUUGGGUGAUGCUGUCUCUCCAGAAGCACGGAUAUCCGACGGUGUUGGAUCGGAAGUUACGCAGUCUGACCCUCAGUCAUCCUCGAAGAAAAGUCGGAGCAAAGCCUGUGACGACUGCAGGAAGAGCAAGCGUCGAUGUGUACACGAUCAAUAUGGGCGUAUCGACCCCGCGAAAGUAGCAGAGCCGUCGAAGCCCCGGGGAUCCACGAAUGCAAAACGCGCCGCACACGCCAAUGAGGAGACUAAACAAACAGAACCGGAGAUUGACAACCUGGAAGACUUGAUUGACCCUGCGCUGACGAACGGCGACGCCUCUCAGUUGACCAAUGAUGUUGAUGAAGAAGCAUUUCAAAUUCAGGGACCUUUGAACAAUGGGAGCCCUGCUGACGAUGACACACACGUCGACGGAGAUGUUCUCAUGACGAAUGGAGUCGGACAAACAACAGGAUCUACGGAUCCCGCCUUGGAGAGUCUGGAGGAAGAAGCAGCACUCAUUAAAAGUGAGCAUGACCCAAAUGUAGGACCGGCCGAUACGAGCUCUUUGAAACAAAACAACAAUCUUUCCACCCCGAAUACGAGUCAAAAUGGUGCACCUGUGAACGGUGAUUUUUCUGGCCCUCACGCUUGGACGCCUGGAUCGAGACAGUCUUCUCGACAACCCAAGCAUGUGGAAAGAUACACGCCCGAAGAUAAAAGAUCGCCCAGCAAACCGUAUCCAAAGACGCAAAGGAACGAUCGACGCGCAUCGAGUGCUGCGAGCGCACACACGAUGGUGACGAGUAUCAAGAGCGAGCGGUCAUCAAGCAACACUUCGGGGACCACACACCAAAUGGCGGGCAUCAUGACCAGCAGACGUAGUGCGUCCCUGGAAGCUUCUGCUCGACCUGUGAGCAGAGGAAGCACAGGCGGAGAAAGCGAUGUGAAUGCAGACGAAAGGUUUGCCAGAGAACUUCAGGCAGCGGAGAAUGGCCUAAGGCGUCGGACGAGUAUGAGGGCUUAG